AUGCAAGAAGAUAAUAACGACAGUGGUGUUUUACCUCUGGAAACGAGUCUGGAAAAUAUACGAGAAGAGAUCGUUGCUAUUAGUGCUUCACCUCCAGAAACAACUCCUGACAACAACCCAGAAGGUACCAUUGUUAUUGAUACUGGCGAUCCACUUCCGGAAACAGCCUUGAACAACAUGUCGGAAGACACCACUGCGGUUGGUAGUGGACUUUCGCCUCCACAGACUAGUCUGAACAUGCAAGAAGAUACUCCUGCUAUUGAUAUUGGGGUGCUGCGUCCAGGAACCGCACCGAUCAAUAUACACGAUACCAUUGCCAUAGGCAGCGGUCUUCCUCCCCAAGAACUUCUUGUUGAGGCUUCUAAGUCUGUGGCUCCCUCACUUUUGACCACCCUCACUAUCAGACUAGAUAGCAUACCGCAAAUCUCUAACCUAGCAGCUCUUGAAGCGUCUCCUUACGAGCAAGAUCAUGUCUACGAACCUGACUUUUUGAUGCAACCUCAGCGUGGUUUCAAACACGAAGUGAAUCCCGACAAACUCAUGUACAACAAUAUGAAUUCCAUCCACGAAGGGCGAUUCCCAUGGAUGCGCUAUCCACCUCCUGCAAAUGCAGCCUACACACUUGAUAGUGACGGUCACGAUCCAAAGCUACACUACAAAUGGCAGCAGCACCACCGUCUUGAGUCUAAAGUACGGCACUAUGACUGGCAGCCUAGCCGUGAUGAUCUGGUGCGCGAAGGAGGCAAUAGAAAUUUACACGAAGACCUUGUUGUUGGGAUGGUCCAGGACGCAUUUGAUGACCAAGAAACAGUCACUAGAGGUGAGGUACUGGCCAACGAUAUCAAAUUCGACCGUGUGACCUGGGUCAUGGGUACGCCUGGAGUUAGCGGGAUUGUGUACCCCCCAGAAGAGCAACGUGAGGAGUUCAUCUCGAACAUUAACGACAAUGAGGAUGGCGGCGGGGACAUGGAGAAGUGCUCUAAGUGCGGCCAAUUUCACAUCAUUCCAGGAUCACCCAUCACGCUCGCAGAUAGAGAUACAUGUCUCUCCCAGCUGCCGGACUGGUUCCCUCGCGAGUUUGCCAAUACUACGAAGAAUCCGUGGGAUAUAUAUAUCCAGUUAUUGAAUUCGAUUGUCCUCGUGGAGGAGGUUGAGAAGGGAUACAAUCAUCAGAAGGACCCAACGGGGCCGGAAUGGGAUUUACACUUUCACGCGAAGGGUGAGCAGUGGUCUACACUACAUGCUCGCGAUUGGGGUGGAUGGUGGAAAUGCCGCAGCGGCAAGAAUGCCCCUGACGCCGAGAGGAAAUGUCGGCAUUGCCAUCGUACCAAAACAGCCGAGGAGAAAAAGACGCUUCUCAAGAAAAAAGGCCCGUCUCUUUCUGUGCGGAAGCAGUUCUUACAAGCGACUAUGGAAAGGCUCUUCAAGGAGCAAGGACAGAAGGACAAAGAUGCCGCAUUGGAGAUGCUCCGACGUGAUGGUAUCCCGCAAUACUACGGACCUCCUAUCGACGAUGCUGCUAAAAGUGAGCUAUUUCAGAAACAGGCGUUGCUGAGAGCGAAGUCGAUUCCUGAUAUUUUCCAGAACUGGGCAGCCAUGCGUGCGUCUGCUCAUGUGGAUGAUGUUGAGGCUGAGGCUGACCGGGAAGCAUAUGCGGAAAGCGAGGAGUUUUCUUCAACCCCGCGUCCGAAACCUAUUACUUCGUUCUUCUUGUAG